UCCAACUGAUUUUUGUAUGUUUAUCUUGGAUCCCGAUACUCUGCUGAGCUCUUCUAUUAGUUUUGGUAGUUUUCUGGAGGAUUCCUUAGGGUUUUCUGUGUAUAAGAUCAUGUCAUCCACAAAAAGAGAUACUUUUACUUCUUCCUUGCCAAUCCAGAUGCCCUUUAUUUCUUUAUCUAGCCUAAUAUCUCUGGGUAGGACCUCCAGCACAAUGUUGAAUAAGAGUGCUGAAAAAGGGCAUCCUUGUCUGUUCCCCUAUCUCCAAGGGAAUGAUUUCAGGUUCCCUUUUCCAUUUAGGAUGAUGUUAGCUAUUGGCUUUGUAUAAAUACCCUUUAUUAUGUUGAGGAAUUUUCCUUCUAUUCCUAUUUUGCUGAGAGUUUUUAUCACGAAUGGUGUUGAACUUUGUCAAAUGCCUUUUCUGCAUCAGUUGAUAAAAUCACGUGACUCUUGUCUUUUGUUUCAUUUAUAUGAUGGACUACAUUAAUUGUUUUUCUCAUGUUGAACCAUCCCUGCAUACCUGGUAUGAAUCCCACUUGGUCGUGGUGAAUUUUUUGAUUAUUUUUUUGAAUUCAAUUGGCUAGAAUUUUGUUGAGGGUUUUUAAAGGAUCUAGGUUCAUGAGGGAUAUAUGUCUGUAAUUUUCUUUUUUUGUGGUGUCUUUACCUGGUUUUGGUAUCAGGGAUAUGCUGGCUUCAUAGAAUGAGUUUGGGAGUAUUCAGUCCUUUUCUAUGCUCUGAAAUACCUAAACUCUUCUCUGAAAGUUUGGUAGAACUCUUCAGUGAAGUCAUCUGGGCCAGGUUUUUUUGUUGUUGUUGUUGUUGUUGUUGAGAUUUUUUGAUUACCUUUUCAAUCUUUUCUUUUGUUAUGGGUCUAUUUAGUUGUUCUACCUCUGUUUGUGUUAGUUUAGGUAGGUAGUCCGUUUCUAGAAAUUCAUCCAUUUCUUCUAGGUUUUCAAAUUUGUUAGAGUACAAUUUUUCAUAGUAAUCUGAUAUGAUUCUUUUAAUUUCAGUUGGGUCUGUUGUAAUAUUGCCCAACUCAUUUCUUAUUCAGGUUAUUUGCUUCCUCUCCUGUUUUUCUUUUGUCAAUUUGGCCAAUGAUUUAUCAAUUUUGUUGAUUUUUUCAAAGAACCAGCUUUUGGUCUACUUAAUUCUUUCAAUUUUUUUUUUCCUGUUUUCUAUUUCAUUUAGUUCUGCUCUAAUUUUUAUUAUUUGUUUUCUUCUGGUGCCUGAGGGUUUUCUUUCAUUGUAGGGAUACUUCUUUGAUUUUGGCCCUUUCUUCUUUUGGAUGUGUGCAUUUAUUGACAUAAAUUGGCCUCUGAACACUGGUUUUGCUGUGUCCCAAAGGUUCUGAUAGGAAAUGUUUUCAUUCUCAUUGGAUUCUAUGAAUUUCUUUAUUGCAUCCUUAAUGUCUUCCAUAAUCCAGUCUUUUUUGAGCAGGGUUUUGGUCAGUUUCCAAGUGUUUGAUUUCUUUUCCCUGCUUUUUCUGUUAUCGAUUUCCACUUUUUUGGCCUCAUGGUCAGAGAAAAUGCUUUGUAAUAUUUCAAUGUUUUGCUUUCUGCUAAGGCUUGCUUUAUGACCUAACAUGUGGUCUAUUCUAGAGAAUGUUCACGUGCACUAGAAAAGAAAGUAUACUUGGGUGCUGUUGGGUGGAGUGUUCUGUAUAUGUCUAUGAAGUCAAAUUGGUUGAUUGUGGCAUUUAGAUCUUCCUUGUCUUUAUUGAGCUUCUUUUGGAUCUCCUGUCCUUCACCAAAAGCCGUGUGUUGAAGUCUCCUACUAUUAUUGUGAAGCUGUCUAUCUCACUUUUCAAUGCUGAUGGAGUAUGUUUUGAGUCUCUUGCAACCCUGUCUUUGGGUGCAUAAAUAUUUAAUCUGGUUAUAUCCUCCUUGUAUAUUGUUCCUGUAGUCAUUAUACAGUGUCCUUCCUUAUCCUUUAUAAUGGUUUUAACUUUAAAGUCUAUUUUGUCAGGAAUUAAUAUUGCCACUCCUGCUCUUUUUUGAUUGUUGUUUGCGUGAUAUAUUUUUUCCCAUCCUUUCAGUUUUAGUUUGUUUGUGUCUCUAAGUCUGAGGUGUGUCUCUUGUAGGCAGCAUAUAGACGGAUCCUGUUUCUUUACCCAUUCUGCCACUGUCUGUCUCUUUACUGGUGCAUUUACAUUCAGUGUAAUUAUGGACAGGUAUGAAUUUAGUGCUAUUAUUUUGAUGUCUAUUUUUGUGUGUUGUCGACAGUUUCUUUUUCCCACUUAAUUUUUUGUGCUGAGUAGAUUAUAUAUUGUCUUUUCCUCUUAUUCUUUGACCAUUUUGUUUCUGCCGAGUCUCUAUUUUUGUCUUGUAUUUUAUUUUGAUGUGUAGGAUAGUUUGUCUCCUUUGUGGUUACCUUAUUCUUUACCCCUAUUUUUCUAAAUUUAAACCUAACCUUUAUUUCUUUGUAUCACCUUGUCUUCCUGUCCAUAUGAAAGAUCUAUGACUACAUUUCUUAGUCCCUCUUUGUUGUUUUAAUGUUGUCUUCUUUUAUGUAAUAGAAUCGCCCUUUCUCUCUUUUGAGCGUUUUUUAUCUUGGUUUAUUUUUGUGAUUUCCCUGUCAGGGUUGACUUCUGAUGGCUCUGCCCAGCAUUCUAGUCUUGGGUUGAUACCUGACAUUAUUGAUUUUCUAACCAAAGAACUCCCUUUAGUAUUUCUUGUAGUACUGGUUUGGUUUUUACAAAUUCCCUAAACUUCUGUUUAUCUGCAAACGUCCUAAUUUCACCUUCAUCUUUGAGAGACAGUUUUGCUGAAUACAUGAUUCUUGGCUGGCUAUUUUUUUCCUUCAGUUUUUUAUAUGUCAUCCCAUUGCCCUCUUGCCAGCAUGGUUUCUGCCGAGUAGUCUGAGCUUUUUUUUAUUGACUGUCCUUUGUAGGUGACACUAGCCAAUCUUAAAAUUCUCUCUUUAUCUUUGGUUUUGGCAAGUUCGAUUAUAAUAUGUUUUGGUGACUUUCUUUUAAAAUCUACCUCAAGUGAGUUCGAUGAGCAUCUUGGAUAGAUAUCUACUCAUCUUUCACCAUAUCAGAGAAGUUUUCAGCCAACAAAUCUUCAAGAAUUCUCUCUGAAUUUUCUUUUAUCCCUCCCUGUUCUGGAGCUCCAAUUACUCACAGGUUAUUUCUCUUGAUAGAGUCCCACAUGAUUCUUUUCUUCAUUUUUUAAAAUUCUUUUAUCUGAUUUUUCUUCAAAUAUAUUGGUGCCAAGUGCUUUAUCUUCAAGUUCACAAAUAUUGCUCAAUUCUUCUCCUCUGACUUUCUAUUGAAUUGUCUAAUUCUGUAAUUUUAUUGUUAAUCUUCUGAAUUUCUGAUUGCUGUCUCUCUAUGGAUUUUUCCAGCUUAUUAAAUUUUUCAUUAUGUUCUUUAAGAACUUUUUAAAUUUCUUCAAUUGUUUUAUUUGUGUGUUCUACGGCUUGUUCUGCAUUUUGCCUUAUCUUCUUCCUGAAGUCUUGAAGAGUUCCGUAUAUUAAUCUUUUGCUUUCCGCAUCUGGUAGUUCAAAGAAUACUCAUUCAUCUGGACAAUUCCGUGAUUCUUUGUUUUGAGAGCUUGUUGUGGCAAUCAUGGUCUGUUUCUUUAUGUGACUUGAUAUUGACAGUUGUCUCCAAGCCACCUAUAAGUUAUUUUAUUAGUUUGUUUUGUUUGCUUACUGUAUCAUAGCUUCUUUUUUUGUUUUGUUUUGGUAUAACCCUAUGGGUUGCUUGAAUGAGCUAGCUUGAUUAUUUUCACCUUUGGAGCUCUGACAUCCUCUCCCCAGAUGGCUAGAGCUGUUUUCAGGUAGCUUAGGUUUCCAGGUAGCUGAUCACCAAGUGUAUGGUACAGGCUCUGUCCUACAGUCUUGCAGGGGUAAGGGUGAUUGGUGUAGGUACUGGUAUCUGGUUGCAGCAAGUGGUCACACUCUGAACAAGGCAGGGGGCUGAGAAUCAUCCCCCAAGUCUCUCUGAAGAAAGCUGGUCCAUUUUUCCUGGAGUGUACAGGUGGGUGGGUUCUGCAGACAGACCAUGGGCACCCAAUGUUUUUGGUUGUAAGGACUGGGAGGUACCAGUUAUCCUUGGACCCCUGUUGCAGGUGACUGGGUGACCUGAGUGAAGCCACCAGUCCUUAUGCCCCUUAUGUGGGUUGGUGAGGACCCUGUGUAAUAGGCAAAGUGGUGUCAAACAUCAAACACCCACCUCUCCACCGCCCAGCUGAAAUAGUUGUAGUCUGCCAACAAGGGCCUAUUCUCCCGAAAUAUGCCCACAGAUGUCCAUGCAGAGAGUAAAGGUAGUCAAAGUCCAUGGACCAUUUAUGCCUGGACAGGAGCCGCUUCAGUCCUGAGCUCCCCAUGUUAGUGGAGCUGGCAAAUUAUCUUUUCCCUCAAUUUCAUAUUUAUUCCUUCUCCAGGGCCUGGAGGAUGGCUCUAGGUGCUCAACAGGACCUAUCUCGGGCCCAGGGAAUUCAGCCAUGAAGCCAUCUUGGGGGUGUGGUAGAAUAUACACAAGUACUUGGCUUUUGCUGAGAGUGACAUUCUUCUCUGGUUUCAGAGGUGUGAGCAGGCUGUGUGGCUGGCUGCUUCUCCCUGAGGAAAUUGCAGCUGAACACUAGUACCAGUCCACCACAGCUGCUCCCGGGAAUGGUGCCUGAGGGCUCCUGGCCAUUCAGGUCUGGUAACUUCUCUCUGCUUCUGAAUUGUCUCUUCCUCCCCUGCCUCUCAGUUCGUUUUCUAACCUUGUCUGUGAUGUCCAGGGCUCCUAGCUUGUCAUGAAUGUACUCCUUUCACUUUUUUUCCCAGGUAUUUGUUGUAAGAGGGCUCGCCAGUUGCGUCUGUCUAUUCUGCCAUCUUGGCCCCACCUCCUCAUUUAUUUUUAUUUAUUUGUGCUUUAAAAGUGAAAGGUUACAAAUCAAGUCAGUCUCUCAUACAGGAAUUUACAUACACUUUGCUGUAUACUUCUAAUUGCUCCCCCCUUAAUAAGACGGCUCACUCCUUCCCUCCACUCUCUCUUUUAAUGUCCAUUCAGCCAGCUUCUGACCCCUUCUGCCCACUCAUCUCCCAUCCAGAUAGGAGAUGCCAACAUAAUCUCAUGUGACUCCUGAUCCAAGACACUCAUUCUUCACCAGUAUCAUUUUCUAUCCCAUCGUCCAGUCCAAUCCCUUCCUGAAGAGUUGGCUUUGGGAAUGGUUCCUAUCUUGGGCCAACAGAAGGUCUGGGGACCAUGACUACCAGGGUGCUUAAGUAUCAGUCAUACCACUAAGUCUGGUCUUUUUAUGAGAGUUUUUAGUGUGCAUCCCACUGCUCUCCUUCUCCCUCAGGGGUUCUCUGUUGUGUUCCCUGUAAGGGCAGUCACCUGUUGUAGCUGGGCACCUUAUAGUUUUUCUGGUCUCAAGCUGAUGUAGUCUCUGAUUUAUGUGGCCCUUUCUGUCUCUUGGGCUCAUAAUUACCUUGUGUUUGGUGUUCUUCAUUCUCCUUUGCUCUAGGUGAGUUGAGACCAAUCGAUGCAUCUUAGUUGGCUGCUUGCUAACGUUUAAGACCCCAGCUGCCACUCUCCAAGUUGGGAGCAGCAUCAUUAGUAAUUAAAGAAUUUCAGUUAAAACAUUAAUGACAUAAUUCUUUACAUCUAUUAGAAUAUCAUGUAGUUGGUAAGUAUGUGGAGGAACCUGAGUAUUCAUAAACUCCUACAGGGAAAUUAAAAUGGUAUAAAUACUUUAAAAAAUAAUUUCCUUUCAGCAUCAGGGUCUUCAAAAGCUAACCACAGUUUUAUCAUAAAAUUUAACCAUAUUACUCAUAUAUGUCUACCCAGGAGAAAUUACAGCAUUUUUCCUUACAAAGGCAUGUAUACAAAUGUCCAUAGCAACUUUGCAAAAGUCAAAAACUAGGAUCAACCCAACUGCUCAUCUACUUGAGGACGAAUAAGUAAAUUGCGGUAUAUUCAAGAAAAUGGAUACUACUCAACAAUAAAAACUAAUGAAUUAUUGUUACCUGCAAAUAUAUUGAUAAAAAGUACAAAUCAAUAAAUUGGACUUUGUCAAAAUUAAAACAACCCACACGUAGACAUUUAUUCCAGAGAAAUGAAAACUUAUUUUCAUACAAUAACAUUUACACAAAUUAGUAGAUAAAUGGUAACUUUGGAAAAGUGCAAGAUAGUACACAGUACUGGGGAAGUCAUGAUAAUUUGUUUAGGGCGAAGUCAUAGAAGCUUCAUAGACAUAUCCAAACCACCUGAGAGACUGAGCUACUGGGCUGAGGGGCUGGGGACCAUGGUCUCAGGGAAUAUCUAGCUCAACAGACAUAACAUAGUCUAUAGAGAAAAUAUUGUACAUCCAACUGUGGUGACGCUUGCAAGCAGGCAUCUAAAAUAUAUCUACUGGUCAUUCUGUUUGGAGCAAAGGAGAAUGAAGAGAACCAAAGGCACAAGGGGAAGAUUAGUCCGAAGGACUAAUGGACCACAACAACCACAGCAUCCACCAGACUGAGCCCAGGACAACUAGACAGUGCCCAGUUACCACCACCAACUGCUCUGGCAGGGGUCACAAUAGAAGGUCCCAGACAGAGAGGGAGAAAAAUGUAGAACAGACUUCAAAUUCACACACACACACACACACACACACACAGAAACCUGGCUUGUUGGUCUCACAGAGACUGAAGAAACCAUAAAAGUAUGGCUCCUGGACACCUUUUAAAGUCCAACACUGAAGUCACCCCUGAGAUUCACCCUUCAGCCAAAGAUUGGACAGGUCUAUGCGGCCAAAAAUAACACACAUGAGUGACGUACUUCGUAUUGCAAUCAUAAAUACAGGACUAGUGGGCACACUUGUUCAAAAGCAAAGAAGAGAAAACAGGAUGGGACAGAAAAAUUGGACAAAUGGAAACAGAGGCUAAGGUAAAGAAAGGGAGAGUGUUGACAUAGUACAGGGUUGGCAACAAAUGUCACAAAGAACUUGUGCAUUAACUGUUUAAUGAGAAACUAAUUUGCUCUGAAAGCUUUCACCUAAAUCACAACCAAAAAAAGAAAAAAAGGUUGAUAAAAACAUUAUUUAUAAUAGCUAAAAACUGGCAGCAACCCAAAAUUUCCUUCUGUGGGUGAAUGGUUAUGUAAACUGUAAUAAAUAGAUACAUGAUACAAUACUCUACAAUAAAAUGAACAAAUUAUUAAUACACACAACAGCAUGGAUGGACCUUAGUAGAGUCAUGUGAAGUGAAAAAAGUCUAUCUCAAAAUGUUGUUGCUUUCUGCCAUUGAGUUGACUUUAACUUAUGACAACCUUAUGUAUAACAGAACAAAAUGAUGCCCAGUCCUGGGCUAUCCUCAAAAUCACUGGUAUGAUUGAGUCCACUGCUGCAGCCAAUGUGGAAAUCCAUGUCACAGAGGGCUCACAUUCUCUUUGGCCCUUUACUUCACCAAAUAUGAUGUCCUCCUCCAGAAAAUGGUCUUUCCUGAUGACAUGUCCAACGCAAGAAGAUCGGACAAUGUUCUGUUGGAGACAACAAGAUAUUUACCAUUAAAAAAUUUUUGGUUCGUUAGGUACCAUGGAGUGGAUUGUGACUCAUAGUGACCUAUAGGACAGAGUAGAAAUGCCCCAUAGGGUUGCCUAGGCUGUUAUGAAUGCAGAUGGCAAGUUCUUUUUUCUCCAGAAUGGCUUGUGGGUUAAAACUGUGAACCUUUUGGUUAGCAGUGAAUUUUUAAACAUUGCAAUACCGGUGUUCCUUCCAUUAAAGAAUAGACAAGUAAAAAAAAAUACACACAUACAUAUACAUAUCAUUACAUAUCACAAAUAAGCAAAAAAAAAAGUCACAAAUGUUUACAUUACAAAUAUUUAAAAUGGCAAAAUGCAUCAAAAAGAUUUAUAGCAUAAUACAUAUAUAUUCAUAAUAAAACAUUACACACAAAAUACCACACUUUACAAGGUGUGAUGGUUAAGGUUGUGUGUCAACUUGUCUUGGCCAUCAUUCUCAGUGGUUUGGCAGUCCAAAGAUGUUGUGAUCACUUCCAUGAUGAGGUUCGAUAUAAUGUGGUUACCUCCAUGAUAGACUCUGCUCUGAGUAGCAAGUCAGUUGAAAGGAAGUUUCCUUGGGUGUGUGGUCUGAAUUGAAUAUAAGCAGACAUUCUGGCAAGGUUCAUUUGCUAUUGCUCACUUUGGGUCCUGUAGCUGGCUCCUGUUCAUCUGACCUCUGGUUCUUGGGAAUUGAGCCAGCAGCUUGCCUUCAGUAUUGCCUGCUGAUUUGGGGAUUCUUGGAUCUUCCCAGCCAGUGAGCAAGAGCCCUGCUGUUUGACCUGUAGAUGUUGGGUCAUCCAGCCCUUGCAGCUGCAUGAAUCAGGAGAAGCCUGUAUCCUGAUCUCGGGACUUGGGAUGUUCCAGCUUCAAUAUCCCUGUGAGCCAUUUCCUUGAUGUAAAUCUCUGUAUACACAUAUUUAUAUGCUUUACUGGUUUUGCUCCUCUAGAGAACCCAGCCUAAGACACAAGUGUAUAUUGACAUGGUACAGCAUAUGUCAAGCACAGCUGAAUAUGUGUGAAGGCAAGAAAGAUGUUUUGGGAUGAGGAUUGAACAGAAUGGAAAAGCAUACAAUAUUGAGAUGUAAUAAAGGAAGCAAAAAACCUAAACAGACAGAUGAUGGCAAUUGAUCAUCAAAUGAGAAGCAAGGGUAACAUUUCUGUUCUUUAGGUCAAAACAAAAUUAACAAACAAAAAAUAACUUGAAAAUAGCAAUAACAGCAACAAUAAUAAAAAUAGUAAGAGCAAACUAGGAAGUGAUACCUCACAUAUGCACAAUGCAAUAGUUUUAUUCCAUUUAAGUCUUUUAAAUAAUGUGAUAAGACAGUGUUUAAGCACUUCUUCGUUUUGUCAUCCGUUUGAAGAAACCACUGUAGAAAUAGAGAAUGUUGAUAGGUCUGUUAUACAGAUACGAUAUUUUAAUCCCGAUCCCCAUGUGGUAAAAAUGGAACGUUAACAAAGAGUAAAACAAAGGACUAUAUGAAACAGAUAAACAUAGACAUGCAUACACACUCUAUGAGUAAAAAUUUGGUCACUGGUGAAUACAAAAUAUACUGGACAAUUAACAAACGAAGGCCAGGUAUUUUGUUAAGCUUUCAAAUGCCUCAGGAACAAUCAGCAAAUUGUUUGGCAUCUCCUCAGGGAGGAUCUCCAUGGGUAAAAAAAAAAAAAAAAUCCAUAAAUUCUUCUCCCUCUGCCGUUUUAAGAAACACUUGGGAGAGGAGUCAAGACAGAGGCUUCAUUGCAGGUAAAAAGACUGUUUCCGUAUUUUACCAGUAUCCAGAAUGUUUCAUUGACCCUUGCAGGGUCCCACCUUUAUCCAAUGGCAAAGUCAUUGCAAAAUAUUAGGAUUUCUGAUUCAGUUCUGUGUGCGUUAUACUUUUCAAUAGUGCCUGAAGCUAGGAUCUCUCUCCAAUUUUUUGACAUAAUUUUUUUUUCAAAUCUUCACACUCUAUUUCAGAGGCUAAAUGCUAAGAAGCAUUUUGAAACAUUAUCAUUCCAUGUCUAAAUAUUUUUACUUCAUAUAAGUAGUUAUCUGAAUAAAGUUAACAGAAAAAAACAAAGUCCUGGAGUCAGUUUUGCCUCAUAACUGCCCCCUGGGUAUCAGAGACCCGUGCUCCACAGGUUUUUCAAUGGCUGUGACCUUCCAGAAGUAGAUCUUUCUUUCUUCAAGGUGCCUCUGAGUGGACUCGACCCACCAGCCUUUCAGUCUGUAGCUGAGUGCUUAAGUGUUUUUGCCACCCAGGUGGCCUAAUUAUGUGAAUAAUAGAGCUCCAAUAUGAAAGUAAAGGAAGCAUAUACAGUAUUAAAAAUACUGCAGCAGAAUUAUGAAGCUGCAGGUAUUCAGUUUCUAGCAUUGGUGUUCUUCAAAAUCCUCAGUUAUAAGCUGCCUCUAGGCUCUUAUGUACCUCUCAAGUGUAAUUUAAUAUUUAAUGCAUAUUUAGAUAACAGUACAAAUGUCCAUUUUUCCUAAUCUCUUGAUGAAGAAACAAAUAAAUUUCCAUCUCACACCUCGUGUUGAGAAGUGAAAAGCAAUUUUUGGAGUUUAGGAAACUUUUAAUUACCUAGUUUUUUUUUUUAUGGUGAUAGUAUAAUAUAUACCAUAUUCUUCAAUUUCCAGUAGAAUCUGGCAGGAAGAAGACAUAAUUUUUUCAAAGAGCAUAGCUGUGUAAAAUGAAUUAAAUGCUCAACAAAUACAGUAAACUAUGGAAAAUAAUUUGGUGCUCUCCGUGGAACUCCAAAGCCGAUGGGAGGAAGUCCUCUUAUCUCCUCUUAACUUAUAGGAAAAGCAGCACUUACCAAUAUAAGUAUUUUUGUUCUUCAGCCUUUCAUCAUUGCAACUCGACAAGAUUUACAUUGCUUUUAUUGUAUUCAUUGAAGAUAGUUGAUUUCCUAAUUAUAAUAUCUACUAAUACCCAAUUCAGUACCUCUUAAAAAAAAUUUUUAGUGUGCUUUAAGUGAAAGUUUACACAGCAAAUUAAUUUUCCAAUCAGAAACUCUUACCAAAAACUGUGUCCGCACUCUUCUCAUUUCCUUCCUGGCUCCCUGUUUCCAUUAGUCAGGUUUCCCUGUCCCUCCCUGACUACUUGCCCUUUUGGUCUCCUGUAGUUGAUCGAAGUUAUUGUUUAGCAGCCCCGUCUGUUAUUGGCCUGAAAGGUGGCCACCAGGGGUGUCUGUAGUUUCACAUUAGAAGAUUGUCUUAAGAAAAUAGUCUCAGGGGUUUCUCCAGCCUCUUUCAAACAAGUAAAUCUGGUCUUUUUUGUUUAUUUAUUUUUGAAUUUGAAUUUUUUUUUUACAUUUUUUCCCCCAUUUUGCUCCAGGCUUUCUAUUGUGAUCCUGGUCAGAGUGGUACCAUCUAGUCCUUCUGGUCUCAGGUUAGAGGAGGCUGUGGUUCAUGUGGGCCAUAUGUCCUUUGGACUAAUUACUUCCUUUAGUCUUUGGUUUUCUUCGUUCUCCUUUGUUCUAGGUGGAAAGAGGCCAAUAGUUUUUUUUUUUUUUUCUGACAUAAGCAAUGUGUGUACAGGGUCACAACCUUGUAAGCAAUGUUUUAAAUGAGAUAGUGUAUUUCCUGUGCAACCAUUUUAUUAUUUAAUAUGAUACUAUUGUAUUUUUCUAUUUGUUUGGUUAUUCUUGAUUCAGAGGCUGCUGGUAGUGCUAUUUUCAUGUAAGUAGUAUCAUUUCAAACCUUUCGUUCUUUUACCUUAAACUGCCAUCCUCAUCCUUCUCUGGCAUUUUUUUUUUUUAAUCUGUGGCUUAUUAGGGAUACAUAUAUACAUUUUAAUUUAAAUAUACAUGUGUUUAUAUGCAUUAUGUACUAUAUAAUAGCUUAAACUAGAGGAUUUCUUUAUCCAAAUGGAAUUUUUAAAUGAAAUUUUGUUAUAUAAAAUCAGUGACAUGGACCUUACUUUCUCCCAAUUUGUUCAAAUUUUCUCUCACUGUCUUAGAUUCUUCCAUGAGAAACUAUAUCUCAUUUGUUACAAACAAUUUAGUAUAUUAGUUAUAAUGAAAAUGCUCCUAGGUUAGGACAUAUUUUAAGUAAAUUUAUAUUCAAAUGCACUGCUGACUCAAAAGUGACCCCAUAGCUGUAAAUAGGCUAUAAAUCUCUAUGGAAGCAGACUGCCACAUCUUUCUCCCAUGGAGCCACUGGUGGUUUUGAACCGCUGACCUUUAGGUUAGCAGUCCAUCAACUUAUAUUAAAAUGUAUUAAGAAGAUGUAUCAUCCAGAAGAUUGGCACAUCGAUGGUCCAAUUUUAGUCAUGGAGUUGAGGAUGCAGGAGGGAAGGGCUGGGCUCAGUUACAUGGAUAACAAACUACUCAACCUACUUAUCAUCAUAACCCUGACAUAGAAGCUAGAUCACAGUAGGAGAAUUUGCAUAUGCAUAUGUAAAGAAAACACCUUUCAGGUAACUUACUGUCAUCAUUUGUCAUUUAAAAAAAAAAACAUCACUAUAUACUUGAUAUUUGAGACUUAUGUCCUGAUAUCUUAAAUGCAUUGAAACAUUUAAUCCUCAUUUUUUUUUCCAGCAACACUGAAGGGAAGUGGUCAUUUUGCACUUGUGAAUAAAGAAAUUAAGGUAUCUUUUUUUUUUUUUAUUCUAUAACCCACAAAGCCAAAACCAAACCCAUUGCCACUGAGUUGAUUCCAACUCAUAGUGACCCUAUAGGACAGAGUAAAACUGCCCCAAAGAGUUUCCAAAGAGUACCUGGUGGAUUUGAACUGCCGCUCUUUUGGUUAGCAGUCGUAGCACUUGACCACUAUGCCACAAACUUUUCUAUUACCCACAAGCUGAGGUAUAAAAAAGACUAUAUCUGUAUGGGUCUACCACCUGGAAUAAUUUCCUGUAUAAAGACAGACUAUCCCCACCACGAUCUAUUAGAUUUUCCUUGUGUUCAAUACUUGUCAAGUAUGUUGUUUCCGACUGUACCACCUGUGGCACAAGGGCUUUUACAGGACUAUGUUUUGAAGUAAGGGAUACUAAAUGUUUCCACACAUUCUGGGAAUUUGCAUUUUGAAAUGUUUUUAAUGAAGUUAACAUACAUAUUAUAAUUUUAUACAUGUCAUUAUGUAAUUGUCAGUAUUGUAAAUGAAAAAAGAAAGUUUUGUAACCACCCAUAUACCUAACACAUCUAAAAUUUUUUACUUUUUUUAUUUUUGCUUCAUAUAUCUAUAUGUAAAAAAAGAAAACCUGUUGCCAUCGAGUUGAUUCUGACUCAUAGAGACCUUAUAGGACAGAGUAGAACUGCCCAAUAGGUUUUCUAAGGAGCAGCUAGUAGAUUCAAAAAGCUGACUUUGUGGUUAUCAGCCAAGCUCUUAACCACUGCUCCACCAGGAAUCCCAUCAAGGUAUAUGUAUAUGUACAUCUACAUCUACGUGUACACGUACACAUAUGCCUUCACCUACAUCUUUAUCUGUGUCUAUCUCUAUCUCUAUGUCUGUAUCAGGGCUUUUCAACUUCCGCCAUAGUGACAUUUUGGACUGGAAAUUUUGUUAUUGUGUGGGGUUACUCUGUAUAUAGUAGAAUUUUUAAUAACAUCCCAGGCCUCCAUUAGAUACCAGUAGUACCCUUCUCCUAGUACUGACACCCAAAAUGUCCUAGGCAUUGACAAAUGUUCCAUGGGCAGCAAAUUUUCCUCAAUUGAUAACAAGUUAGAUUUUUCUUUCUUUCCCUCUAUCUUUUUUUCUUUCUUCAUGUACCUAUACUUUACUUGUGGGAGGCGGGUUUACUUUCAAAAACCUGUAUUGGAAGUUUGGAUUUAUCUUAUUCAUUUAGCAUAUUGCCUUUGUAUACUAAAAAUCUACCAGAUGAUGCUACAUAAAACCGAUUGACUACGCUGAUAUCUCUAUCCAGAACAGGUUUCCUGAUAGACCAAGAUGGAAAAGCAAAAUCUAACAAUGCUAAAUGAAUUCCUUCUGAUGGGAAUCACAGAUCACCCUGGGCUCCAGGCUCCGUUGUUCGGGCUGUUCCUCAUCAUCUACACGAUCUCAGUGGUGGGCAACUCAGGCAUGAUCAUCCUCACCAAGACAGACUCCAAGCUACAAACACCCAUGUACUUUUUUCUCAGACACCUGGCUAUCACUGAUCUUGGUUAUUCAACAGCUGUGGGACCCAAAAUGCUAGUCAAUUUUAUUGUGGAUGAAAACACUAUCUCCUAUUAUUUUUGUGCUACACAGCUAGCUUUCUUUAUUGUGUUCAUAACUAGUGAACUUUUUCUUCUGUCAGCAAUGUCUUAUGACCGCUUUGUGGCUAUCUGUAACCCUCUGCUCUACACAGUCAUCAUGUCACAAAGGACUUGUUGGGUGCUGGUGGCAAUACCCUAUCUCUACAGCACAUUUGUUUCUCUUCUGGUCACCAUAAAGAUUUUUAAUUUAUCCUUCUGCGGCUACAAUAUCAUCAAUCAUUUCUACUGUGACAAUCUCUUCUUGUUAUCCUUGCUCUGCUCAAACACACAUGAAAUUGAAUUGAUCAAUCUCAUCUUAGCAUCUUUUGAUUUGAUUUCAUCUCUUCUAACAGUUCUUGUUUCUUACCUACUCGUUUUUGUAGCCAUUCUCAGGAUGAAGUCAGCUGAGGGCAGGCACAAGGCUUUCUCCACCUGUGGAUCCCAUCUGACAGUGGUGGUAGUGUUCUAUGGGACUUUAAUCUUUAUGUACAUGCAGCCCAAGUCCAGUCAUUCCUUUGACACUGAUAAAGUGGCUUCCAUAUUUUACACCCUGGUUAUCCCCAUGUUGAAUCCCUUGAUUUAUAGCUUGAGGAACAAAGAUGUAAAAUGUGCCCUACAUAGGACAUGGAAAAAAAUACGCAAUGUAUUUUCUAGAGUUUGAUGCAGCAUAUGAUUCCUACAAAUUACACCAUGAACUCAAACCUUGUCUGUGUGCCUCCAUAGGGAACAGUGAGCACAAAUAUAUUCAACAUAUAUUUAUAAAUUGCCUUCUACAUGCUAGUCACUCUUCUAAGUGCAUUGAUGAACAAAAGAGUACAAACUGGUACCUUUCUUGAAGGAAAGAGAUGGAUCACAAACAAUAAUUAAGAACAAUCUAUAGUACAGUAGAAUGUGUUAGGACCCUUGUGGUGCAGCAGUUAAAUUGCUUGACUGCUAACUGGAACGUCAGUGUUUCAAAAAACCAGUUGCUUCUUGGGAGAAAAUUGAAGCAAUCUGCUUCCAUAAAGAUUUUCAGCCUUGGAAACCCUAUGGGACAGUUCUAUUCUGUCCUAUAAUGUUGCUAUGAGUCAUAAUUGACUCAACAGCAGUGCAUUUGGUUUUUUUGAUAAUGUGUUAAAAAAUACCAAACCCAUUGUCCUUGAGUCGAUUACUACUCACAGCAACCCUGUAAGACAGAGUAGAACUGCCCCAUAGGGUUUUCAAGGAGUGGGCAGUGGAUUUGAAUUGCCGACCUUUUGGUUAGCAGCCAAGCUCUUAACCACUGCACCACUAGGGCUCCAGGAGAAUGUGUUGGGAAUCAUGAAAUUAGGCAAGGAGAGUGGAUAUGCUGAGUGGAAGUGGGAAAAAGUACUAGGUACAAAAGUGGAGAUACAAAGAUUCUGGUGUUUUUUUUUUUCAAUUAUUAAACUUUUCAGUGUCAGCACUUGUGUUUAUGUAUGUGUGUGUGUUUGUAAGCCUUUGCCUUCUGUUUUAGUCUUCAAAGUCUUCUGAAGGCUGCAUUAGAUCAGGGCCAGGUUGCGAGGAGUCUCAGAGUAUAUGGCGAUUUAAAGUACUCAGUUGCAUGAAUUGCUUAAAUGCCCCCAUUGCAGAUCUUGGAGUUCUACCCUUUACCCAUUAAUGCCUUUACUUUCACAUGUAAAUCUGUUUACUCAACAUACCUUGAAAUUUUUGCAGUUCAAAAGUUCAGCUCUGCAUCUGACUUGUUUUUGCCUAGAUCAGAAUAUACACCAGUUAAGAUAAAUUUCUUGAGGCCAACCAUAGAGGCUCCCAGGUUUGAAAUCCAUCCCCUGCUGGUUGUUCUUUCUUAAUAAUUAUCUUUUUUUGUUUAAUGGAUGAUCCUUUCUUAUCUAUAUCAACAACUUUUUAAGUUGUUUGUUCAAUUACUUUCUGUGUAUCUCCUUGGGUAACAGGAUAGUCUAUGACGAGUUAAGUUUGCUGCCUCUCUUUCAUUGGUUUGGCUUUCCUAAACUUUGGUAAAUAUUUAUUAUGAAUUUUAUUUGCAUUGACUUUUGUCCACCCUACUUGUGAGCGACAAAAUGAGAUAAUCCCAUGGUUUGUGCUUACCUGUAUUUCUAAUUCAAGUAAGACCUUUUAUGUGGUAAGGAUAUAGUUAUCUAGUUUUACGGACAUAGCUGCAGCAUGUUAAAACCCACUGCCGUCGAGUUGAUUCCGAUGCUCCUUAAUUUUUUCCAUGUAUUUUUGUUUAUUGUUAUUAUUUUAAAAUUUCUAGUAUUUUUUUGAAACUUCAAAAGUCUAAAUUAUUUUCUUGGCACAUGAUCAUGAAAUAAAAUUCUCCGUGUAGCCAAUGAAACUUGAAUAAAAAUAGUCCAUUGGAAUAUAAAAAGGUGCACGGUUUAUUGUCAUGUGAGCAUAAAUAGUUUAAAAAUGUUAAAGUACUUAGAAGGCUAUGAAGGUCAUGAGCACUAAACCAAACAAAACCCCGUUGCCAUCGAGUGGAUUCUGCCUCAUAGCAACCCUAUAGAACAGAGUAGAACUGCCCCUAUAGGGUUUCCAGUGAGCAGCUGGUGGGUUUGAACUGCUGACCUUUCGGUUAGCAGCAGAGUUCUCAACCACCACGCCAAUAGGG